AUGGCUACCACCGACCGCAGGUCCGCGCGAACAGGGCCGUCGCGUCGCAACUACGAGCAACAGCAACUCUCUCCUUUCCAUCGAGCAUAUCUUGAACCCCACGCCACCGACCGUUUUGACGCGUCGCAAAUACCCAGUCCUGCGGGCGAGUUUCGCGCUCGGCGUCGGAGGAACCUCAGUCAAUCAGGCACCCUGCGAGGUGCGUUCGAAGCCGUAUCGCGGUAUCCAACAAUGUCGGAAAACGUCACGGGGGACCCUUAUGCAUUGGGGACCCCGAAUCGGAGGAAACAGAGCUUCGCCCACAUAUCCCCCGACUCCAACCCCCCGAACGAGCUGGCGGAAACAUAUAGGCAAAUCGACGACGCCGGAAGCUUGGUCGAUCAGGAUGAAGAGGACUUCCGUUUCUCCGCAAACCGGUUCCGCGACAAUCGAAGUACACGCUCAUCAUCUGGAUCUAGGACCCGAGGAAAUAGUCUGUUUAGCACUGCAGAUGCAGACUUUCUGAACGAAGUCGGCGACGAGUCCCUCCGCCGAAAACUGGCCGACCACAUCAAGGACGAACAACGUUUAAAACGAGCUACCGCGAACCGGUCGCCUGUGUUGAGCAAAGCCGGAACGCCGGCGGCGUUGACAUCAGAGAAUUUACAGAGGCGUGAUGAGGAAGAGCAGGAGGUGUUUCAAGAGGACGAAGAGGAGGACCAUCUCAGGCCUUCGUUGAACGUCCCCGCCAACUGGGGCAGCAGGGGCACCCAUCGUCGGGACUGGCUUAGAAAUAUCACCCGACGCACCGAAUCCGAGUCUGGGCGGACUGAGGAAGGACGCAAAGAAGCGUCUCCGCGUAAACUCAACACAGAUAUGCGCUCACAUACCGGAUUUCAAGAUCGAGUCAGUGAGGGAAGCCGGAAUGCACUGGGCGAGCCUCCAUCCAAUAGGUAUAAUAGGAUCCCUCCCUCAGAUGCGCACGCCAAGCUCUUCUCAGGGCAGAAGGACGAGAAGCUAGGUGAGGGAAGUCCAAUUCCGAACACCCCAAUCAUGGUAUAUAAGAACUCUACAUUUAGCAAACGAAGUCCAACUAAGAGGGACUCGCAUGACCUUCUUCGCAAGCUAUCCAGGGCAGAGAGCCCACCCCAAAACCAAGCCGAAUUCACAACCCCAGAAAACUCAAAACUGCCUGAGAGGCGGAUCUACGACAAAACGCCGGUUGUAACUGCGCCUGGAUAG